AUGGAAUCGGACGCUCAACUUGACAGACUCUGUUCCCUCUUUCGUGCUUGUGAUGUAAAUAACUCGGGGCGAAUUGAAAAAUGGGAGUUCUUGAAAAUAUGCUCAGAGCUUCACGUCCGGUCAACGGACAUAGAGGAUCUAUUCUCCAAACUUGACACGGACAGGGACGGGACGAUCAAUUUAGAGGAGUUCAUCCGCGGGUUUCACCAAGUAGCGAACGACUUACAGCAGGAGCAGGACAUGGAUGGAGGGGAAACUUUUUCUUUGGCAUGGGAAGACUUCAAAACCAGACUUGGCGAUCAGGCCAAGUUUAUCCCCAGGAUAGAUCAAGUGUCGACCCUGUACCAGAACAUCAGUCUGACAGAGCCCAGGAUGGUGCCCCAGUACGAGAGAGUCAUAAUGAACUUCAUAAGAGAGAUCAAAAUGCAGAACACAGAAAUGGAGCACCUGGCCUUAGCGGUGAAGAGAGCACAAGACCACGCCACCAUGCAACUCAGUGAGAUGGAGGAAGAAAUGGAGCAAAGAAUUCACACAGCGGAACGUACCACUCGCCAACAGGAAUCCAAAAAGGCAGAGGCGGCUCUGACCAGCAUGCAGCAUCAGUAUGAGUCUCAGCUUGCUGAGUUACAGCAGAAGAUCCAGACCCUGCAGAUAACUGAACAACAAAACAGAAGCGUCGGUCUCAAAGAGGAGGCCUCACUGCUGAAGAGGAAGAACAAUGACUUGACUUUGGAAAAUCAGCGACUGAAACAGGAACUGUUGGAAUCCCACACAAAUGUAGCUUUCCUCCAGAGUGAGUUGGAUUCUUUGAAGAGUGACCUCACGGACCAGAGUAUCAACAGUGAGAGAGAUGAAGCAUUAAUGAGAUGCUUUGCAGAAGAGAGAGACAACUUGGAGCGACAGAUUGAGUUGCUACAGUCAGCGAACAGGAAGCUCCACGACAGCAACGACAGUUUACGGACUGCUCUGGAGAGCAGCCAGAGCAAAAACAAGGUGAAUCGUGGCAGCAUUUUCUCUCCUGGAAGCACGAUGACCCGGAGCAAGAGCAUAUGUUCUCCAUUCUUUGACAGAUGUUGCAACGUACACUGUAUGGAUGAGUCAUAUGACCCCUUACCGCUGGGGGAGGGAAUGCGUAGGCCCAGCUGUGAUUCCUUAGCAUUGGCUCUUUGUGAUCCUAUGCGAAGACACAGCUUUGAGGCUGAGAGCCUGCCAGAAAGCUGUUUUGACAGUGGUCUCUCCACCCUCCGUGGUUCAAAUGGAUACGACUCUGAACAUGAGGUUAUGAAUGACAAGAUUACCCAGCAGGCAAUGGGGCGAACUGGCAGUCCAGAAGUUGACUCUUAUGACACUGCGGCAUCAGAGGCCCAGGAUGACGCUGUGUCCGUGACCGAUAGCGUGUCAGUCAUGGACUGGAAGCCGUCAUUACCAGUGGUCAAUACCGAUGCCACUCCUUCAGGAAAGAAGUGUCUCUCUGCAAUAUUUUCUGAGACAGAAGAGGAUGAAAUGAACCCUAUUCCCAAAACCUCUGCCAAGACCUACAGAAUAGUCUUGGCUGGAGAUGCUGCUGUGGGCAAGUCAAGUUUCCUUCUCCGUCUUUGUAAGAACGAAUUCCAUUCCAACACCAGCGCCACUCUGGGGGUGGAUUUCCAGAUGAAGACUCUAGUGGUGGAUGGAGAACCAACUGUGUUGCAGCUGUGGGACACAGCAGGCCAGGAGAGGUUCAGAAGUAUUGCCCGGUCUUAUUUCAGACGGGCCGAUGGCGUUCUUUUGCUCUACGACGUCACUUGCGAGGGGAGCUUUCUCAGUGUCCGGAACUGGGUUGACAUGAUUGAGGAUGUGUCCCAGGAUGACAUUCCCAUCAUGCUUGUUGGAAAUAAAUCGGAUCUGCGGCAGCAGGCGCUCCAGGACGGGGUCACGUGUGUUCCCACGAGUUACGGAGAGAAGCUAGCCAUGACCUACAGCUCUCUUUUCUGUGAGACAAGUGCAAAGGAUGGUUCAAACAUCAUUGAGGCAGUUCUUCAUUUAGCCAGAGAGGUGACUAAACACGCUCGAGAGGACAAGACCCCAUCGUUCGCAAAUCUCGGAAAAGGAAAUCAAAACAAACAAAAGAUUCCCAACCUGAACUGCUGUACUGGAUAAAAGUUGUACGUGACAGAAUCAGCUGGAACUAGGAAAGAGCCGCAGUGAAGGGUCUGCAGAGCUCAUCCGUCCCUGUUGUGCUGAGCAUGGUGCUGUGAAAAUGAUUC